GUGACAGGUGGUGACAGUUGAUAAUGAAAAUGGUGAUUUUUUUACAUUAGAAGUUCCUGCAACAGUUGCUUCAACAUUUAUUUGAAAUCAAAGAAAUUUCCAACAAAUUCACGAAUUUAUUGAUGCAGAAAUUAGCGAUUUUUUUUAUGAAUUUCUCGCCCCCAAAAUCGCUACUGUCAUUAACACGCCUAACUUCACGCGGAACUUGAUAUAAAGGUAGUUUUACAUAAAAUAGUCAAAAUCGCCCAUAAUGUAAACAGAAGAAGAUUUACAUUUACACCACAAAAAUUUUUUGGUUAGGUUUUGAAUUUCAAGUGUAAAAUAAAACAAGUAUCAACAGAAAUACUGCUAUUAUAUUUAUUUUCUGAACUUUGUUAACAAAUUAUACAUUUUUCUACUUCUGAAUUUGCAUUAUUAACUAAAUAAUGGAUGACGAAGCUGAAACGUACAAACUAUGGAGAAUCAGAAAAACUGUCAUGCAGUUAUGUCACGAUAGAGGCUACCUAGUAACUCAAGAUGAAUUGGAUCAAACAUUAGAACAAUUUAAGGAACAGUUUGGAGACAAACCUAGCGAGAAAAGACCGUCAAGAAGUGAUUUGAUCGUGUUGGUAGCUCACAAUGAUGAUCCUACAGACCAGUUGUUUGUAUUUUUCCCAGACGAACCAAAAAUUGGAAUAAAAACCAUUAAAACCUAUUGUUCCCGUAUGCAGGAAGAAAAUAUUCAUAGAGCUAUUAUUGUUGUUCAAGCAGGUAUGACACCAUCUGCCAAACAGUCACUAGUUGAUAUGGCUCCAAAAUACAUAUUAGAACAAUUUUUGGAAUCCGAGUUGUUGAUCAAUAUUACUGAACAUGAAUUGGUACCAGAACAUGUGGUAAUGACACCAGAAGAAAAACAAGAAUUGUUAGCAAGAUAUAAAUUAAAGGAAAAUAUGUUGAUGAGAAUCCAAGCUGGUGACCCAGUUGCGAGAUAUUUUGGACUGAAAAGAGGACAGGUUGUAAAAAUUAUCCGGUCGUCUGAGACAGCGGGGCGGUAUAUUUCUUACCGAUUAGUUUGUUAAGUAUUUUUUAUGCGAUGAAUGUAAUUUUAAUAAAUAAUCUAUAUAAUGGU